AUGGCGACGCAUCAGAACAGCAAGAAACGCAAGCGCGGCGUAGUCCUCCACCAAAACCCACCCGCUACCAGCAAUGGCCUCGACACCUCCAAGCCCACCGCCGUCUUUAAGCCGUCCGCGGGCGGACGGCAAUGGACCCUCAGCAUUGCGGUGCCCGGCUCGAUUGUCGCUAGCGUCUCGACACCGGACCUCAAAGCGCGGCUCGCCAGCCAAAUCGCGCGCGCCGCCUCCGUUUUCUGCGUCGACGAGAUCGUGGUGUUCGACGAUGGCCAGUCUCAUGCCAACACCGCUCCCUCCUCCUACGAGGAUCCGCGCCGCGCGUACCUCCGCCAAAAGGACGAGGAGGAGGGCUACGAGGGCUACACGGAUCCGGACCACUAUCUGUUCCAUGUGCUCAGCUACAUGGAGUGUCCGCCGUACCUGCGGAAAGAGCUGUUCGGGUUCCACAAGAACCUCGAGAAGGCGGGGAUGCUGCAUAGCCUGGACCUGCCGCAUCAUCUCAAGGCGCAUGAGUGGUGCCCGUAUCGCGAGGGCGUGACUAUUGGGCCUGCCUCCCCGCACUCCUACGACGGCGGCGGUGGCGGUGGCGGCGAAGACGACGCGACAGCCAGCAUCGCGACCAAAAAGCAAAAAAGAAAGCGGACGGCCGACGGCGCAGCAGCGGCCGCAUCUGCAACAGCAGUCCACACCGGCCUCCCUAACCCCGUCACCGUCCCCAUCUCCAUCCCGCCCACCACGCGUCUAACCCUCCGCUUCGACCGCUCCGACCCUCCCGCCUCGCCCUCAGAGCCGCUGACAGCCACGCCCGUCGACCCAGCCGCGCCGCGCACCCAGGGCGGCUACUACUGGGGCUACAGCGUGCGGCAGGCGGCCUCUCUCUCGGCCGUGUACACCGACUGCCCCUUCUCCGGCGGCUACGACGUCAGCAUCGGGACGUCCGAGCGAGGCGUCCCGCUCUCUUCCAUCCUGCCCGCACCCGGCAGAGAUGUCGUUGACGCCGACGCCGACGCCGACACCGAUGCAGAGGCUGGGACCGCGAAACUGCCACGCACGUUCAAUCACCUGAUCCUAUUCUUCGGCGGGCUGGCAGGCCUUGAGGCGGCGGUGGAGGCGGAUGCGGCGCUCCGAGAACGCGGGAUCGGGAAGGAGAGCGCGGGUGAGGCGUUUGAUUACUGGGUUAAUCUCGUGCCGGGGCAGGGCAGCAGGACGAUUAGGGCGGAGGAGGCGGUGUGGUGUGGAUUGAUGGGGGUGGCUGGGUACGUUCAGGGGCAGGGGAGGGCGGCAGAGGUGGAGGGCUGA